UAUAUAUAAAGUGAUAAACUCGGUUCACUCGCAUACCAAGUCACGACUUCGCCCGACACAAGUGUCAGAAUUUGCGGUAGAUCAUCAAGAUCACAUCCUACCUUUUUAGUCGAAUAUCAAACAGCGCGAUCGACCGAAUCGUCUGCUUUGGCUCGUAAUUAUUACCGUUAGAAAUUAUGAUCAUCACAUUUAGUUCUUAUUUUGCCAACCAGUUAAUGAAUAUUGCUUGACGAAAAGAGAAAGUGGAGAAUACGUGAAACUAAAAAUCGAAGUAACCGUUCCAGUUUCACAAUUUGACGCUAUUGAGAGUGACGGUUGUAUUCUGAAGAUUUUCGCACAAAGAAACAUAUCUAACGGCUACGAUGGUUUUAACCCUCCUGCUUUGCACCCUAUUAGGCUUAGGUUCGUCACACAUUCUGCCCGAUGUUCCCACAGAGUUUGAAGAUACUUCCUACUGGAUGAAGUCUGGACAAGAAAAUCUGCGGAAAGUCCUUUCAUUGCACGAUAAUGAGAAUCAAGCGAGGAACAUUAUCAUCUUCAUCGGGGAUGGAAUGGGAAUGACAUCUGUAACAGCCGGUAGAAUUUUUCAGGGCCAAAAGAAAGGUGGCUCAGGAGAAGAAUAUAAGCUGAACUUUGAGCAAUUCCCCAACACUGGUCUUUCUAAGACUUACAACGUGGACAAACAAGUACCGGACUCAGCUGCCACAGCAACUGCAAUGUUCUCUGGUGUAAAAUGUCGCUAUAAAAUGAUCGGACUGGACUCGAAAGCCGUUUUCGAACAUUGCGAUAAAAGUGUGAACAAACGAAGCAGGUUAUCAACAAUCGCGGAGUGGGCCCAAGUGGCUGGUAAAGAUACCGGGUUCGUAACCACCGCCCGAGUGACACAUGCCACACCGGCAGCGCUUUACGCGCACGUGAACAGCAGAGAUUGGGAGUGUGAAACGAAAAUUCCUGAUGAUCAAAAGGACUGUACCAAAGACAUAGCCAGGCAGCUGGUGGAAGACGCUCCUGGAAGUAAUUUCAAGGUUAUAAUGGGUGGUGGUGCCCAACCGAUGGGAAUUAUUAAGCGCCAAAUUGACGCAGACGUAUGCAUCAGGAAUGACAGUUUAAAUCUAACCGAUACAUGGCAGAAGAAAAAUCCCCAAGGCAAGUUUGUCGCGAAUACAGGGGAGUUGAUGAACCUUGAUAUUGGAAGUGCUUCUAAUAUUUUGGGAAUAUUUGCCCCCAACCAUAUGCCCUAUCACGCGGUUCGUGAAGUAAGUGACAAAGGAUCUCCAUCUUUGGCAAAUAUGACCUUGCAGGCCAUCAGACUCCUACGAAGAAACAAGAAUGGGUUUUUCCUAAUGGUUGAAAGUGGCCGUAUAGACAUGGCGCAUCAUGACAAUUAUGCUAAACACGCGCUCCACGAAGUCGGUGCCUUAGAAGAAGCUGUUCAAGUAGCGUUGGACCAAGUGAACGUGGAGGAAACUCUGAUCAUAGUAACGGCAGAUCAUUCCCAUGCCUUCACAAUUAACGGCUACCCGGCAAGAGGCAACGACAUCUUGGGUCUAGCCAACAAGCCGGGAGAGGUGGCCUAUGAAACUCUCGCCUACACAAACGGCCCAGGAUUCAUCUACCACCGCAUAAACGACACCGGCUUACAAGGGCCCAAUAACACGUGGAGAUCGGUUGCCGAUGAUCCGAACAGAGGUGAUACUUGGUACCGGAACUUCGCUGGAUUUUACAUAGAGGAUGAGACUCACGGUGGAGAAGACGUGCCUGUUUAUGCCACCGGGCCGUACUCCCAUCUUUUCCGUGGGACUUUUGAACAGAAUUACAUUGCUCACGCCGUUGCCUACGCAGGCUGCCUCCAAAACUGGCCUUCUCACUGCGAUAACUCCUAUCAUCACGGGCGGGCUUACAGCAAAGGGGCCACGCUAGCUUUUCCAUCUCUGUAUUUAGCCAUUGUAGCCGUUGUGUGCGUGGGCAUUGCGCUUGGUAACAAAGUCGCCCUGUAAUGACAUAACGUGGCGUAUAUCGUCGAACGUGUAUAUAAUUGAUAAUUUAUUUUACUGUAAUGAGUACGACUAUUUAUGGUUGCUAUUUUAAGUGUGUUACCUGUAGGAUGACGCGGUCGAAAUUCUUGCUUAUCCAUUACUCCGAAAACCUCGGAUCUUCUUCUUAACAUAUUGAUACCAAACGAAUGUCUAAAUAAAUAGUAAAUAAUUCGGUGUGAGAAUUGUUGAACGAUAAA